AUGAUCUACGUCCCUCCCUCGCUACCUUUGCCGGUCAUCAUCUAUGGCCGUGCAACCAUAGAUCCACCAGAAUCAUACAAACGCCCUGUCACAUUGCAAGAACAGCCCCAGGAGAUUCUGACCAAGAUUCUCAAAGAUCUCGACCACGCCGACCAAACAUGUCUUGCCUUGACUUGCAAAGACCUCCUUGUCAAGAUCCGCUGGACCACGGAGUUCGAAGACACUGUAGUGGCCUCGGAAGUCAAGCACAAAAUGGGAAAAGACAAGCACAUUAAGCUCUACGACAAGGGCAGCAACCAUGGUCAUAGUGACUUAUGGUACAGUGUUCUCAGCUGUCCUCUCGGCGAGUGUUUCUGGAAGAACUGGAGAAUCAAGCAAUGGGCCUUCAAGGUUGAGUAUCAAGCUCGGGAGCGCCAUAGACUCGGAAUCGAGCAAAACGACGAGUUCUGGAGUUUCUACAGACUCAAGCAGUGGGGCAUCGACGUCGAGGAGAUUGACAACGAGACCGUCAAGAAGGGCGGGGAGAAGCGCAAAUUCUUGGCUCUGGUGGAAGCUGAGGCGUCAUUGGAACCUAUCGAAUCUGCACCUGUGGGCACUGCAUCGGUCUAUGCUCGAAUGGCCAUGCGAUACGCCGAAGGUCGCUAUGAGCUGAAAGCGACGGCCCCCACCGUGGCCGACUACGAGACGGAGAAUGGAAGAGCAAAGCCAAAGAAGCUGUCGUGGGCUGAGAAAAAAGCACGGAGGACCAGUUGCCCAUCUUAUUCUAUGGAGUGUUAUGGCUCGGGUGGUGAGAGACGCUUCAUGCUGCAUACUGCAUAG